CCUAUACUAAGCCCAAAGUUCAUCUCUUGCAGAAAAAUCAAAACGUUCAAAUGUCCGCCGCCAGAUCAUUCCUCCGCUCCGGUGCCGGCCGAGCCGCCGCUGCAGCAUUUCGUUCGCCGAAACCUAUGCGGUCUUCGUACAAGGCGCCCAAACAGAGCCCACUCUCUCACCGUGUUUUCAGAUCUCCGGUGGCAUUGAGCUGCUGCGUGGAGACGAUGCUUCCGUACCACACGGCCACUGCUUCCGCCUUGCUCAAUUCCAUGCUCUCUGUUUCUUCACGUCGCUGCUCCGUUUGGACUCUUGGAGGAGAAGAUGAUAACUGAAGCACAAUCAACAAGAGUGAUAUAUCAUUGAUGAUGCAUGAUGAUUUUCAAACGGAGAUUGCGGGAAUGGAUGCAUGUGAAGUGAAGAUGAUGAAGUCAUGUUUUUUUUUUCCAUUGUAAAGAAUCUUCAGUGACAGUAAAUUGGAUCAUGUUUCUUCUUAGGUCAUAAGAUCUGCCUUUUAA